UAGAUUGUUUUAAUUUCUAUUCUUUAGACAAGUUUCUGAACAAAAAUACACAUUUGAAAAAAAUACAAAAUUCCUGUUGUCGGAAUGAGAAUCCUCGCGGACACAACGUACACGCCCCUAUCGGUGGCGACAGUACCGACCCCACCUGCAGUAUCAACGGCGUCGCAGCAAUCGCCAUGUCACUCCCCUGUGCCGUACCUGUUUGGGGGCCUGGCGGCGAUGCUAGGGCUCGUAGGGUUCGCUCUCUUGAUCCUGGCCUGUUCCUACCGGAGGCUCUCGGGCAGCUCAAGCAGCGCCCAAGUAGACGAAGAGAACGGGGACGAAGCAAGGACGGUCGAUGGGGAAGGGUAUAGCAAGGCCGUGAAGGGGUACGGGGAGAAGAUAGUGGUGAUCAUGGCCGGCGACGAGAAGCCCACAUUCCUCGCCACGCCCGUGUGCAGCAGAGGCCGUUCGUUUGGCGAUUCCCUAGGAAAGAGUAAAGGCGAUGGCGAGAGCUCCGAUGCGAAGAAGGACAAGGAUGAAAGCAUGGACAAUACCAAGGGGGUUAACAACGUUAACAAUGAUGCCGUUGGUAGCCAUGUUGUUCACGGUCACAAGACUCACAACUCAGCUGCCGAUGAAGAAAACAGAGGAGAAGCAGCAGAAGAUCAAACCCAGCUACAGAAUUAGCGAGCAGUCUCUGGUGGCUUUCUGAUGAAAGCGAGAAAAACCAACUUUUGUUUCGAUUUUGGCUUUGAAGCUGCUUCUUCUUUUUUAUCUUC